AUGUCGUUUGAAGUUCCCACGAUGCCUUCAGAUGAGAUGACGGCACAAUCAAUCGUUGAGCAGUUCUCUUCAGAGAACAUCAACCGUGUCGUUGUCUAUGGCACAGUCCCAGACCCGACCAGUGACCAAGGCUUCGUCAUCACCUACCCGUUGAUGGCAAUUGGUCAGACUUUCGGGGGGUAUGUCGAAGAGCACAACAUCCCUCGUGACAAGGUGACAAUGCACAUCCUGUCAAAGGUUGAAUACGGCGCUUUGACCGGUGAGGAGCUUUUGGUGAGUGACGACGAUGAUGAAACGAACACAAGCAACGAAAGCGAGGAUGAGACGGAGGAGGAGAAGUCACCCAAGUCCCAAGACGGCAGAGACAAAGAGGACGACAAGAAUGACGACGAUGACAGACACGACGGUGGUUCCUCGUCAGCGGCAGCAUCCGUGUCCCCGCUGGACAAGAUGAUUGAGAAGAUGGAGGGCCUCAAGAUUGAGGCAGAGAAGGCAAUGGAGGACUACCUGAACGUGAAGAAGGUCGUGGCCAAUUUGAAGCGUGAAGAGAAGAAGGAAGCAAACAAGCUGCUUCAGAUGGAGAAGCGCCAGACCCAGAAGGAGGAAAAGGCCAAAGCAAGGGCAAUGACAAUCAAUAUCAACUUCAUCAUGGGGGAGAAGCGCUUCGUCAUCGCCUUCGCAAAGGACACCACCAUCAAGGACGUUCGUGAUAAGGUUCGUGACCACAUCGGCACCAUCACCAAGAAGCAGUUCAAAACCUACCGCUUCCUCAAUGGCGAUGUUGAGUUGUCCUCGCACAGGAAGACCGUGGCCGGAUACGAGCUUACCGAUGGAAGCAUCGUCACCAUCCAAGGCGGCAUCAGUGGCGGAGGAAAGCGCAUCAAGAAGGAGCACACCACCAACGAGAUAAUUGACUUUGACAUCACGCCCCCUGCCAUCUUUGCGGGUGACAUCCGCGUUGUUCAGUCCGCGUUGAAGCUGGGAGAGGUGAGCAUUGAGCCUUGGGUUCAGUCAUUGACUCUUGAGCAGUCUUCUUCAUUGGUGAAGCAGAUGGAUGAGCAACCAAAGACCGGUGUUGUUGGCACGCUGGUCGAGCCCUACCUCCAGUUUGUCCGUGAGUAUGCCGACCUUAUGGCAACCGAGAAGCGCAUUAACAUUUCCAAGAAGUAUGUCAAGGCACGUUUCCUCAAGGCCUACCUGAAAUUCACCUGCCAAGAGGGGUCGCAGAAGAAGUCGCAUUCCAAGUUCUACACCCUCGCGCGUGACCAUUUCAUCAAGUGCCAGACACAG